AUGUUUCUUUCAGCGGCCUCAAAUUCUGAAUGGUUCGCUGAUGUGAGACUCGUCAACGGAUCAAAUUCAAGAGAAGGAAGAGUUGAAAUUUAUUACAGAGGUGAAUGGGGAACUGUAUGUGAUGAUAAUUGGGGACAACUCGAAGCCAAUGUUGUUUGUCGACAAUUAGGAUAUAUCAUGUCGACGACGAAAGCCAUAGCAAAACAGAAGGCUUUUUAUGGACGAGGUUCUGGAAAAAUAUGGUUGGAUGAAAUGCAUUGUGUUGGUACUGAGCCUCUCCUAGGUAGAUGUGAAAGCCCAGCCUUUGGAUCACAUGAUUGUAAUCAUGGAGAAGAUGCUGGAGUGAUCUGUGAAGGUACUUGUUAG